CGUCCGCCCGCACGGGCCGACGGGAACGGCGGCCGCACUAAAGAGGGCCGACAUGGCGGCAGCGGCAGCUUCGCUUCGCCGGUCGGUGCUGGGUCCCCGGGGCGUGGGGCUUCCAGGUGCAAAUGCUCCGGGCCUGCUGGGCGGCGCGCGGUCCCGGCAUCUUCCAUUACGGACACCGCAGGCAGUGUCCUUGUCCUCGAAGUCUGGCCCCUCCCGGGGCCGGAAGGUGAUGCUGUCAGCGUUGGGCAUGCUGGCGGCUGGGGGUGCAGGGCUAGCUGUGGCUCUGCAUACUGCUGUGAGUGCCAGUGACCUGGAGCUGCACCCCCCCAGCUACCCAUGGUCUCAUCGUGGCCUCCUCUCCUCCUUGGACCACACCAGCAUCCGUAGGGGUUUCCAGGUAUACAAGCAGGUGUGCUCUUCCUGCCACAGCAUGGAUUAUGUGGCUUACCGCCAUCUGGUGGGAGUGUGCUACACGGAGGAGGAAGCGAAGGCGCUGGCUGAGGAGGUGGAAGUCCAGGAUGGCCCUAAUGAAGAUGGGGAGAUGUUCAUGAGGCCUGGGAAGCUGUCUGACUAUUUUCCAAAACCAUACCCCAACCCUGAGGCUGCCAGAGCUGCUAACAAUGGAGCCUUACCCCCAGACCUCAGCUAUAUCGUGCGAGCUAGGCAUGGUGGUGAAGACUAUGUAUUCUCCUUGCUCACUGGGUACUGUGAGCCCCCCACUGGGGUGUCAUUGCGAGAAGGCCUGUACUUCAACCCUUACUUUCCUGGCCAGGCCAUUGGCAUGGCUCCUCCCAUCUACAAUGAAGUCUUGGAGUAUGAUGAUGGCACCCCAGCUACCAUGUCACAAGUAGCCAAGGAUGUCGCCACCUUCCUUCGAUGGGCAUCAGAGCCAGAACAUGACCAUCGGAAACGCAUGGGGCUCAAGAUGUUGUUGAUGAUGGGCUUGCUGCUGCCCCUGACCUAUGCCAUGAAGCGGCAUAAGUGGUCAGUCCUGAAGAGUCGAAAGUUGGCGUACCGGCCACCCAAGUGACCCUGUCCAAUAUCUGCUUGUCAUCUUGCCUGAACAAGCCCUCAGCAGUCCAGGAACAGUCCUAGGCCUUUUCAGGCCUAGCCCCUUUUCAUCUGAUACACGGAAAUGGGGUAGGAGACCAGACUCUUGCUUCUGAUCUUCCUUCAGCCCUCAUUGUGGGAAUAAAUUAAGUUUCUCAACA